GGGAAGGGCUGCGGUGGAAUUCUGGCAAGGGAGUAGGAAGUUGCUGCUGUAAACAGCUGACACUGAGGGCAGGCAGCAAGACUAUAAGAACGGGAGGCGCCCGGGCUGGGCCGACGACGGCAGAACCGACUGGGCACAGAGGAGAUGGCUCGCUGCCCAAGCGCCACCUGGAACUGGAGGUCUCAGGGCCUGGUCUUCAGAGCCGCCCAGCUCCUCCGCCUCAGUGCCCUGCUCUCUGAGCUGAUGAGCCAGACAGGAGUGGCCGCGUGGACCUAUCACAUCGGCGCCAAGGCCUACCCGUGGGACGCCUCCCGGAGGUUCUGCCAGAAGUACUUCACCGACCUGGUGGCCAUCCAGAACAGAGAGGAGAUCGCGUACCUCAACGACGCCAUCCCGUACUACAGCCACUACUACUGGAUCGGGAUCCGGAAGAUCAACGGCAGGUGGACCUGGGUGGGGACCAACAAGACGCUCACCCCGGAGGCGGAGAACUGGGCGGAGCACGAGCCCAACAACAAGAAGAACAACCAGGACUGCGUGGAGAUCUACAUCAAGAGCCCGUCGGCGCCCGGCAGGUGGAAUGACGAGCCGUGCCUGCGGAGGAAGCGGCCGCUGUGCUACACAGCCUCCUGCCAGGACGCGUCCUGCAGCCAGCAGGGGGAGUGUGUGGAAACCAUCGGGAACUACACCUGCUCCUGCCACCCUGGGUUCUACGGACCAGAAUGUGAAUACGUGAGGGCGUGCGGAGGCCUGGAGCUCCCUCCUCGUGUGCUCAUGGACUGCAGCCACCCCCUGGGCAGCUUCUCCUUCAGCUCCCGGUGCAGCUUCCACUGCGCCGAAGGCUACGCACUGGACGGGCCCCGCGAGCUGAUGUGCUUGGCCUCGGGAACCUGGACGGAUCAGCCCCCGCAGUGUGUAGCCAUCGCGUGCGAGCCCCCGGAGCGCCCGGCCCACGGGAGCGUGGACUGCCCCCCGUCCUCCGGGGCGCUGCCCUACAACGCCACCUGCCACUUCCGCUGCGCCGAGGGCUUCGAGCUGCAGGGAGCGGACACCGUCCGGUGUGCCGACGGGGGGCGGUGGACGGCGCCGGCCCCGCUUUGUCAAGCGCUGCGGUGCCAGGAUCUUCCGGCUCCAAACCAGGCCCGGGUGGAGUGCGUCCACCCCUUUGGCACCUUGGGGUUCCAGUCCACCUGCAGCUUCACCUGUGCCGAAGGCUUCCUCCUGGUCGGGGCACGCGAGCUGCGGUGCCUGGCCACCGGGACCUGGAGCGCCACGCCCCCCGAGUGCCGAGCCGUCACCUGCCCGCCUCUGCGGAGCCCGCAGAACGGAACGGUGAGCUGUGCCCGCCCCCCGGGAGACGCCAGCUACCAGUCCACCUGCCAGUUCACCUGCGACGAGGGCUUCUCCUUGUCGGGACCGGAAAGGCUGGACUGCACCCCGUCUGGGCGCUGGACCGGCUCCCCGCCCACCUGCGGAGCCACCAGGUGUCCAGAACUGGUCGCCCCCGAGCGGGGGAGCCUGGCCUGCUCGGACCCUCGCGGAGAAUUCAGCGUCGGCUCCACCUGCCAGUUCUCCUGCCAGGAGGGCUCUGAGCUGCAGGGGCCCAGCAGCGUGCAGUGCGCGGCGUCCGGGAGGUGGACGGCCCCUCCGCCAACCUGCCAAGCCACCAGGUGUCCAGAACUGGUCGCCCCCGAGCGGGGGAGCCUGGCCUGCUCGGACCCUCGCGGAGAAUUCAGCGUCGGCUCCACCUGCCAGUUCUCCUGCCAGGAGGGCUCUGAGCUGCAGGGGCCCGGCAGCGUGCAGUGCACGGCGUCCGGGAGGUGGACGGCCCCUCCGCCAACCUGCCAAGGUGCAGCGCCGGCGCCCCCCCCAGCGGCACGCUGCCCCGCCCUCAUGGCUCCAGGGCAGGGAGCCAUGUCCUGCUCACACCCCCUGGCGGCCUUCGGGUUGAACAGCACCUGUCACUUUGAAUGCCACGCGGGGUUCGAGCUCCGGGGAGAGGCCACUCUGCGGUGCUCACCAUCCGGACGGUGGACGGCGAAGACCCCGGCUUGCAGAGCCGUGCAGUGCUCCGAGCUGCCCCCGGACCCGCCGCUGCUGACGAACUGCUCCGGCCCCUGGGGCCACUUCAGCUAUGGUGCCACCUGCACCUUCGGCUGUCCGGAGGGCCAGGCGCUCAACGGCUCGGAGACAGCGGCCUGCGGACCCGACGGCCAGUGGUCAGCGGCCAUGCCCAGCUGCGAAGCGGGGCCACUGACGGUGCCGGAAGCGCUGACGUACCUGGGCGGAGCCGUGGCCUCCACCACGGGCUUGGUGAUGGGUGGCACGCUCCUGGCUCUGCUCCGGAGGCGCUGCAGGCGGAAAGAUGAUGGGAAAGACCUUUUGAAUCCUCAUAGCCACCUGGGGACAUAUGGAGUUUUUACAAAUGCUGCAUUUGACCCGAACCCUUGAGAGGCCUGUCCUCUCUGGGUCACCUCACUCGCCUCAGAGGAUGCUAUUGUGGGUCAUCGGGUUUCCUGAGAAACUUGACGGACGGGAGCACACCGCUGCCGUUUCUGUGAAUGCUUGUGAAGGAAGGA